AAACACACGCUCGGGGUCCCACAGCCCACCUCUGCAGAGUGACAGCACUCCGGACCCUCUCAAUCCGAGUCAAUCUCCACACUGUCACUGCCAGCCUGCUCGUUCAUGAGAAAAAAACGGAAGAAACUAAAGAAAGAUGUCGAAGUGCUGGACCACGUAAGAGUAUAGGGGCUGCUGUUCGGACGAUGGAAAACCUGUUGAGGCGCACGGCAACUUUUGAAUGGAUAUUGUGUACCGGGAUAUGGUAUACAGGCCUGUAGGGUCUGUAGGGCUGGUGAUUUCGUCUCGCCGGACUUUUGAGUUGAAUAAUGUCUGCAGGGCGAACGUUUAACUGGAUUUCUGUUGAUAACACAGAAGGGAAAACUCAAACGAAAAGCAGCAGGGUACGCGAUCUCCAUCCAGUCAGAGGCGUCUCGGUCACAACCAAACAACAGCGUGUCUAAUUUGGCGUCCAGAAUACUUUUACGCGAACCCUGUGAACCCCAACAUUAAACGUGUUGGACAAAACCAAAUGCAGAGAAAAAGAUGCAUUUGGGUAAAGCCGUUCUGUUUGUCCUGCUGCUCAACUGCGUGACGCUGAGUCUGUCCCUUUCGACCUGUGCCACGGUUGACAUCGACCAUGUGAAGAGGAAGAGGGUCGAGGCGAUCCGGGGUCAGAUCCUGAGCAAACUGAGACUGACCAGUCCGCCCCAGUCACUCGGACCUAGCAACGUGACCUAUCAGAUCCAGGCGCUGUACAACAGCACCAGGGAGCUACUGGAGGAGCUGGGCCGGGAACGCCAGCAGAGCUGUGGCCAGGACAACACGGAGACCGAGUACUACGCCAAGGAAAUCUAUAAGUUCAACAUGGUCUCUGGACCUCCGGAGAACAACGACCUUCCCUCCUGCCCCAAAGGCAUCACCUCAAAAGGGUUCCGCUUCAACGUGUCCACCAUGGAGAGGAACGCCACCAACCUCUUCAGGGCUGAGUUCAGGGCCCUGCGUGUCCCCAACCCCACCGCCCGGAGGAACGAACAGAGGAUAGAGCUCUACCAGAUCCUUCGGCCCAAUGAGCACAUCGGGAAACAGCGCUACAUCGGAGCCAAGAACGUCCUCACCAGAGGAACCCCGGAGUGGGUCUCCUUCGACGUCACCGAGACGGUGCGGGAGUGGCUGAUGAAGAGAGGAACCAACCUGGGGCUGGAGAUGAGCGUGCACUGCCCCUGCCACACCUUCAACCCCAACGGUGACAUCAACGACAACGUGAACGAGGUCCUGGAGGUCAAGUUCAAAGGGGCCGAAGGGGACAAUGAAGAACAGCGGCCCAUUGACCCCGACCGGCCCAAGAGGCAGAAGGACCUGUACCUGCCCCACCUCAUCCUCAUGAUGAUCCCCCCCCACCGCCUGGAGAACCAGUCCCACCGCCGGCGCAAGAGAGCCCUGGACACCAACUACUGCUUCACCAACGUGGAGGAGAACUGCUGCGUGCGCCGGCUCUACAUCGACUUCCGUCAAGACCUGGACUGGAAGUGGAUCCACGAGCCAAAGGGGUACUACGCCAACUACUGCUCGGGUCCCUGCCCCUACCUGAGGAGCUCCGACACCACCCACAGCACCCUGCUCAGCCUGUACAACACCCUGAACCCCGAGGCCUCGGCCUCGCCCUGCUGCGUACCCCAGGACCUGGAGCCCCUCACCAUCCUGUACUACUCCGGCCGGACCCCCAAAGUGGAGCAGCUCUCCAACAUGAUCGUCAAGUCCUGCAAGUGCAGCUGAGGGCUGCACCGCAGUACACCACAGUAAGAAUCCACGCCCAGCAGUAGUAGAAGUUAAAGUAGAAGAAGUAGUAAAUGGACUGCAUUUAUACAGAGCUUUCUAACCAGUGGCCACUCAAAGAGCUUCACAAUAUUGCCCAACAUUCGCCCGUUCAUGGACACAUUCACACUGCGACGACGGAGUCAACUAUUCAAGGGGACAGCCAGCUGGUAGGGAGCCGUUAGGGUGAGGUGUCUUGCUCAGGGACACCUCGACACUCUCGGAGGAGCCGGGGGACCGAACUAGCAACCUUCCGGUUACAAGACAACCCGCUCUACCUCCUGAGCCACAUGCCUCCCUAGCAGUUGUAGUUGUAGUAUCAGUAGUAUCAGUAGUAGUAGUAGUAGUAGUAUCAGUAGUAGUAGUAGUAGUAGUAGUAUCCCAUUGACUCUACCCACGUCCCGUCGCCCAACGGACCCGUCGCCGAGAGACGGGAAGGAACAAUAAUCGACGAAAACAAACCCAACCCCUCCCUCCAGUGUCUUUCUGUUUGUUGCUCCGAUGGACUCUGUUGUUGUUGUUGUUGUUGUUGUGGUUGUAAGCCCAUGUGGCUUCAGUUUGAACACCACUCUGAGGAACCCCUGCUGUAGCUAAAGAUGUUGCAGGAGGUCUUGCUGAAAAGCCUCUUGACUUUCUUUGGUUUCUUCAUUAUUAUGUCACUCCAUUUGGACGAUUCUAGCUGUUGGAUAACAGAGGCCCUCAUCCUAGGGAGUUACACAAUAUGGUAGAUGAAUGGAAGUGGCGGGUGGGGGUUGGCUGUGGGACGGGGGAGGGCAUUUAAUAGUAUCGGUGACAGUUGGGAUAUUCUUUUUCCACAAUUACGGCUGUAAUUUUCCAUCUGCCUGCGAGUCUCCCACACAUAGCGGAGGCCCUGGGUUGCGCUGCCUGAGCCUGGAGAAAAGAUUGAGUCGUUCCCCAGGCCUGGGAAACAGCCCCAUGUUCUUCGUCACGAAGUACACUAUAGGCUGCCGGUCGCACGCAACGUCAGACGUUCGGUUUAAACGCUGUACGGCUCAAAACCUUUUUUUUUCCCUCUCUCCCCUUUUGCAAAAAACAAACGGUGGGCAUUAUCUUCAGACACGAGAGAGCGAGCGAGAGAGAGAGAGAGAGAGACUCUGCUGCUGUAUCCAAAAGCCAUAGCUGUGGUCAGGGGGGAAAUCGGGGGGAGUGGGAUGGGAGGGGGAGGGAAGGGGGGAGGGUUGGGGUGAGGGGGGGGAAGGAUUGCUGUGAGUGCCUGUUGGAUUUGCAAUGGAAAGUCAAUGAGCUAAAGUAGGAGCCAACUGUAUAUUUUUUGUGUUGUUUUUUUCUUUUGCUGGAGGAGGCCAUUCAGAACUUACCCUUCUGUUGUUGUUUUCGUUUAAGAGGUUGAUGUUGUUGUUGCAUCUAAAAGAAGGGAUGGAAGAGGAGAUAAGGACCACAGGAAGCUGGAUGGGCGAUGGACAGAAGCCAUGCCGAUGAGGGGGGACACACCGCCAUUCACUGAGCCGCUCGCUCGCCCCUGAUUGGACCUCGCUGUCCUCUGUGGGACGGCAAAUACGAUAUGCUGGAAAAUGUUACGCAACCCAUCUUUUCACAAGACUUUUGUGCUCUUUUUGUUUUUACUUUAACGGCGGUUGGUUUUCGCUCCUGUUCCAGGAGCCUGACUUUGACUUUUGACUAUCUUUUUUUGCUGAAAUUGAUUUUUGACAUUUGUAUCGAGUAAUGUUUCUCGUCUACGUGGCGACCCCAUAUGUUACGUUAUUAAACGAUAUGUAGAAUUUAAAUGUACAGUAUGUAAAUGUGGAUAAUGUUGUUUUUGGCAAGAGUUAAAAGAACCAGUCCGAGCAGUA